GCUGAUGACAUCACCACCCAGCCCUUGAAAGAUGAGCUGUUCCCGCCGCCACUCCAGCUCUGGCUUCUGGGCUCCGAGGAGGGGUGGGGACGGUGGGGACAUCAGGCUGCCCCACAGUACCCAGGGAGCGACUGAAGUGUCCAUGCCGCUUGCUCCAGAGAAGCCCAGGUGGGGCCUCACUCACAUCCCACUCUGAGUCCAGAUGUUCUCUCCCUGGAAGAUACCAAUGUUUCUGUCUGUUCGUGAGGACUCUGCGCCCACCACAGCCUCUUUCAGUGCCGACAUGCUCAAUGUCACCUUGCCCACUCUUAAUGGGACCUUUGCCCAGAGAAAAUGUCCCAACGUGGAGUGGCUGGGCUGGCUCAACACCAUCCAGCCCCCUUUCCUCUGGGUGCUGUUUGUCCUGGCCAGCCUAGAGAACAUCUUUGUCCUCAGUGUCUUCUGCCUGCACAAGAGCAGCUGCACAGUGGCAGAGAUCUACCUGGGGAACCUGGCCGCGGCAGACCUGAUCCUGGCCUUCGGGCUGCCCUUCUGGGCCAUCACCAUCGCCAACAACUUCGACUGGCUCUUUGGGGAGACGCUCUGCCGCGUGGUGAACGCCAUUAUCUAUAUGAACCUGUACAGCAGUAUCUGUUUCCUGAUGCUAGUCAGCAUCGACCGCUACCUGGCCCUGGUGAAAACCAUGUCCAUGGGCCGGAUGCGCGGCGUGCGCUGGGCGAAGCUCUACAGCUUGGUGAUCUGGGGGUGCACGCUGCUCCUGAGCUCACCCAUGCUGGUGUUCCGGACCUUGAAGGAGUAUAGCGAUGAGGGCCACAAUGUCACCGCUUGCGUCAUCAUCUACCCAUCCCGCACCUGGGAGGUGUUCACCAACAUGCUCCUGAAUGUCGUGGGCUUCCUGCUGCCCCUAAUCAUCAUCACCUUCUGCACGGUACAGAUCAUGCAGGUGCUGCGGAACAAUGAGAUGCAGAAGUUCAAGGACAUUCAGACAGAGAGGAGGGCCACCAUGCUGGUCCUGGUCGUGCUGCUGCUCUUCGUCAUCUGCUGGCUGCCCUUCCAGAUCAGCACCUUCCUGGACACGCUGCAGCGCCUCAGCCUCCUCUCCAGCUGCCAGGAUGAGAGCAUCAUAGAUAUCAUCACGCAGAUCGCCUCCUUCAUGGCCUAUAGCAACAGCUGCCUCAACCCACUGGUAUAUGUGAUCGUGGGCAAGCGCUUCCGAAAGAAGUCUUGGGAGGUGUACCAGGGAGUGUGCCAGAAAGGGGUCUGCAGGUCAGAACCCAUUCCGAUGGAGAACUCCAUGGGCACACUGCGGACCUCCAUCUCAGUGGAACGCCAGAUUCACAAAGUGCAGGACUGGGCCGGGAGCAGACGGUGAGUGGAUGCCAGCAGGGCUGCUAGGAAUUUGUGUAAGGAUUGAGGGACUGUUGCUCUUCAGCAUGGGCCCAGGAAAGCCAAGGAGACAUCCAUGCAUGACCUUGGGCAAUGAGUCGGUGUCUCCAGAAAAACACCGGAGAGUAAUUCCUGUCCUGCCCAAUUUUGCAGGGAGCAUGGCUGUGAGGAUGGGGUGAACUCAUGUACAGCCAAGGACUCCAUAAACACGACAGCAUUACUGUUCUUAUUUACUGCCACACCCGAGCCAGCCUGCUCCUUCCUAGGAGUGGAGGGGCCCUGGGGGCAGGGAAAGGAGUGACUGAGCUUCCCUCCCACGUGGUGUCCCUCCCUGCCCCAGCAAGACAACUUGGACCUCCAGAAGAACCGCCAUCCAGCUUUGGUCCAGUGGCUGAGUGCACACGUGGACCCUAGCUGAAUUGCUGCCCUGGGUUUCUUGAAUCUGUUCAGCUAGAACUUUGGAGGACGAUUUCUCACGUUAGUGGAAGUUAAGCUCUGAGGGGUCCCUGAUAAGAACCUGGAGACCAGGAUUCUGUGGCUCGCCUCACUGAUGGACAAGGUCUGUGCCAAAGAAUAAUCUAAUAAGCACAUAUUGAGCACUUGCUGUAUACACAGUAUUGAGCACUUGAAGUAUACACAAUAUGGAGCACUGGAGGCAAGAGGGAAGAAAGAGAAGGAGCCAUCUCUGUUUUGAAGGAACUCAAACACUCGAGUGGGAAUGACUGGGCGCUGCCACCAGCAGAAGGCUGCUCAAUGAGGUGGUCAAGCGGGGUGCUGUGGGCGAUAUGGAAGGGGGGGAGCCCAAGGUUCCAGCUCAGCCAAUAACUAUUGCACAGCCACCCAUCCCUGCCUCAGUUCCUCUUCUGUAACAUGAAGUUAUUGUGAAGAUGAAAGGUAGUAACAGCUAUAAAAAUACUUCGAAGUGGCCAGGUGUGGUGGCUCAUGCCUGUAAUCCCAGCACUUCGGGAGGUCAAGGUGGGCAGAUCACAAGGUCAGGAGUUUGAGACCAUCCUGGCCAACAUAGUGAAACCCUGUUUCUACUAAAAACACAUAUAUAUAUAAUUAUAUAAUUAGCUGAGCCUGUUGGCAGACAUCUGUAAUCCCAGCUACUUGGGAGGCUGAGGCAGGAGAAUCACUUGAACCCGGGAAGUGGAGGUUGCAGUGAGCCAAGAUCAUGCUACUGCACUCCAGCCCAGAAGACAGUGUGAGACUCCAUCUCAAAGAAAAAAGUACUUUGAAAAGUAAAGGGUGCUAUGUACAUGUGAGGUGUUAUUAUGCACACGUAACUGUAACUGGGAUACGUUUAUUAUAAGGAAAAGUCACUGAGGUUUGGAAAUAGCUCCACGGAGGAGAAUCCGUAUUGGGAACCGGUGGCAGUGUCUGGCACACAGUAGGUGCUCGAUAGCAUUGGCUUCCUUCCACCUGUCCUUCCCACCAUCCUGCCCCCACCACCACACACACAUGAGCUUUUGGGGAGAAGGCCAUGUCUUCAAAGUUUGAUUUGUGAUGAGGCAGAGUAAGAGAUUUCUAAUCAGACUCACCCAGAGGAUCACAGUGCUGAGACCCCCCAACUCCCAGCUGGUACCUGGGGAGGGGGAGAGUGCCGGCCUACUCAGGGACUGUCACUGUCUCAGCAACCAAGGGCUGUCAAUCAAUGGUUUACUAGAAGGCGGACAGUACGAGCUCUAGAAGAGUGUGAGUAGGAAUUGUGGGGGUCACCUUCAGGCACAGACAAUGAUGGGGCAUAAAGGUUAUUUACCCCAAAGCAUUAUUCCCAGAGCAAGCCCCCGCCCACCUGGGGGACUGAAACCCUCAAGGAUGAGGACCGUGUCCAGGCUGGGCAGCCUGGGCUUGGGCAUGUGUGACUAUGAGGAAGCACUCUGGGAACAAGAUCCCCACAGGCUGGGAGAAGGCCCUCCCCAAAUGGCUUCCAGGCCAAUUUCCCAUAGACACCCCCUCCUCCGCCCUGCCGCUGGAGAGGUAGGCAGGGGUGGGGUCCAGGUGUCAGGCUGGACCCACAUCCUUGGCCACAGGCUGAGACAGCCCUGCCCCCAAGCUCCAGGUCCCCCUGGGGAAUUUGUUGCUUUUGCUACAUGACUUAAAUAAUUGCCUCCUGUGGGCAGCACUGUGCCAGGCCCCACAGGGAGAUGUAAAGGAACCAACCCCCAGGCUCCAAUAUCAAGGCACUUACAACCGAGGGAGCUUCAUGGCAAUGGCGUUCACCAUCGACAGUGCCAGGGCAGCACUCGUUCACUUGAUAAAUGAGUAUUUAUUAGCUGAUUGGAGAGCUGGAACCUGGAGAGCUAGAACCUGGAGGGCUAGAACCUGGAGGGCUAGAACCUGGAAAGCUAGAACCUGGAGAGCUAGAACCUGGAGGGCUAGAACCUGGAAAGCUAGAACCUGGAGAGCUAGAACCUGGAGGGCUAGAACCUGGAGAGCUAGAACCUGGAGGGCUAGAACCUGGAGAGCUAGAACCUGGAGGGCUAGAACCUGGAGAGCUAGAACCUAGAGGGCUAGAACCUGGAGAGCUAGAACCUGGAGAGCUAGAACCUGGAGGGCUAGAACCUGGAGGGCUAGAACCUGGAGAGCUAGAACCUGGAGAGCUAGAACCUGGAGGGCUAGAACCUGGAGAGCUAGAACCUGGAGAGCUAGAACCUGGAGGGCUAGAACCUGGAGAGCUAGAACCUAGAGGGCUAGAACCUGGAGAGCUAGAACCUGGAAGGCUAGAACCUGGAGAGCUAGAAUCUAGAGGGCAAGAAUCCAGAGCAGCUGAAACCUGGAGAGGCUAUAACCUGGAGAGUUAGAACCUGAGGGCUAGAACCUGGGGGUUAGAAUUUGGAGAGCUAGAACCUGGAAGGCUAGAACCUAGAGGGCUAGAACCUGGAGGGCAAGAAUCUAGAGCAGCUGAAACCUGGAGAGGCUAGAACCUAGAGGGCUAGAACCUGGAGAGCUAGAACCUAGAGGGCUAGAACCUGGAGAGCUAGAACCUGGAGAGCUAGAACCUAGAGGGCUAGAACCUGGAGAGCUAGAACCUGGAGAGCUAGAACCUAGAGGGCUAGAACCUGGAGGGCAAGAAUCUAGAGCAGCUGAAACCUGGAGAGGCUAGAACCUAGAGGGCUAGAACCUGGAGAGCUAGAACCUAGAGGGCUAGAACCUGGAGAGCUAGAACCUGGAGAGCUAGAACCUAGAGGGCUAGAACCUGGAGAGCUAGAACCUGGAGAGCUAGAACCUAGAGGGCUAGAACCUGGAGAGCUAGAACCUAGAGGGCUAGAACCUGGAGAGCUAGAACCUGGAGGGCUAGAACCUGGAGGGCAAGAAUCUAGAGCAGCUGAAACCUGGAGAGGCUAUAACCUGGAGACUUAGAACCUGAGGGCUAGAACCUGGGGGUUAGAAUUUGGAGAGCUAGAACCUGGAAGGCUAGAACCUGAAGGACUGGAAUCUGGAGAGCUAGAACCUAGAGGGGCUAGAACCUGGAUAGAACCUGGAGAGCUAGAGCCUGGAGGAUGGUAAGAAUUUACAUGGCAAAGAGUCCAUAAAUCCUGACCAAGCCAACUCUGAGUUUUAAAGCAAAAGUGUCAAAAGAAAUUCCCUCCCCACUCCCAAGCCACUCUUUUCUCCUACCACCCACACCCUUCUGCCCCAAUAAAUAGCUGGAGAACUAAAACAGGUGAAAUAAGAAGUAAAAACCACUCAGUAUUAGAAUGAAGUCAACCUGUGCCACACAUUGUGAAUGAAGAAAAAAAGGAGGCUGCGUUUCGUCACGGUUGGCAGUCAUUCAUCAGCAGAGCGCGUGAUGCCUGAGACUCUCGUAGGAGCGGAGCUAUGCUCCAACAGCCACGUGGGGAUCCACAUCUGGUCUGAGGGGCAACGGAGCCUGUGGGAGAGGAGCUGCCCUGUGCAUGGUGGAGAUGCCUGAUAAAGAACAUCUGCCCUGUGAAAGACUCAAAGAGCUGUGAUGUAAAGAGGAAGCAUUUCACAUCCGAAUGAGAAAAUGGGUGAAUCAUGUAAACAUGUGUCUUUUCUGUGCCGCGUAAUAAAUGGAUGAGGAUUUUGCA